UCUCUCUCUAAAAUUAUUGACACGCAUUUCAUCCUUCUAUUCUUUCAUUCUUAUCGACUUGCAACACUAUCUCGUAGCUAUUACGACAGUAUCCAGCAAGGCAUCUUCCUUCAAGCACUCUCUUUUAUAGACCUGUCUUUUUUACCAAAUAAGCGCCAAACAGCAUUCAUACCAUGUCGUCUGAAGAAGUUCCAAAGAUCCCUAGCAUUGAGCUGUCUCAAAAUCGCUUUUUGCUGACCAGUGGUCCAAAGGAAACCCACGCCCAAGCUCAGGAAGAAGUCAUGAAGAAGAUCAAAGAAGACAAUAUGGCUCCAUUCUAUGAGCUGAUUUGUGAAGAGCAGGGAUGGGUUGUGGACCAGGCAUUACUGAACCAGAUGAAGAAAGCAAACGAGGAAGAACUCAAGAAGCUGGAUGAGAAACUCAAGGAUGCAGAGGAGAACUUGGGAGAGACUGAAAUCUCAGAUGCCCUUCUCGCCAGGGCAGAGCAUUUUGCAAAGAUUGGUGAUAAGGAGAAGAGCUUGACAGCUUACCGUGUUGCAUUCGAAAAGACAGUGGCAUUGGGAAGCCGUCUUGAUAUUCUCUUCGCUAAUAUUCGUUCAGGAUUUUUCUAUCGGGAUAACGAUAUUGUUAGCAGAAAUAUCGAGAAGGCUAGAACCAUGAUUGAGGAAGGAGGUGAUUGGGACCGUAGAAAUCGUCUCAAGGUCUAUGAGGGCGCUUACUUGCUGACAAUCCGUAACUUUAAAGGUGCAGCAGAUCUGUUCAUUGCCACAUUGUCAACGUUCACCUCAACAGAGCUUAUGGAGUACAAGGAAUUUGUUACCUACGCUGUUCUCUCUAGUGUAUUGGCCUUGAAGCGUGUGGAUAUCAAGAACAAGGUGAUUGAUUCACCUGAAGUCCUGGAAGUCCUGCAUGAGAUUCCCCAUCUUGAGGAUUACUUGCGCUCACUUUAUGCAGGAGACUAUGCCAAAUUCUUUGUUUCAUUGGCGGCCUUGGAGACAUCAUGCAUGAAGCGAUCCUGGGUCCUUUUCCCUCAUUACCGUUACUAUAUCCGUGAGAUGCGCAUCCGAGGAUAUGCUCAGCUCUUGGAGUCUUACCGAUCUGUUACUAUUCAGAGCAUGGCACAUUCCUUUGGAGUGAGCGAGGAGUUCAUUGACAAGGAUCUAUCCAAGUUUAUUUCAGCAGGUCGCCUCAACUGUGUGAUCGACAAGGUGAACGGGAUUGUUGAAACGAACAGACCUGAUGCGAAGAACGCGCAAUAUCAACAGGCGAUUAAGCAAGGAGACAUUCUUUUGAAUCGUGUGCAAAAGUUGAGCCGUGUAAUUAAUGUGUAGAAAAUGAAGAGGUUGAAGCUAGAAAGAAUAUCCUGGAUGUGCAACAGUAUUUCGGAACUGAAU